AAUGCAUAUAAUAACAUUUCAGAACAAUUGUUCCAAAUUUAUUGUUUCGUUUUUUUUUUUUGUUUUGUUUGGCCGUCUUUUUCAAUGUGAAUACGUUCCAAAAUGGAUCGAUGUUUUUUAAUGUUGUUGUUGUCGCUGUUAUUCGGUGUUGUUUUUGUCUUCACGAACCAAAAAAAAAAAUCGAUAAAUCCAUAAAUAUGCAAAAAUUGAGAAUGAACCAAAGAGAAAUUGUCAAAAACAUGCAAUUAUUGAAUAUCUAAAACAUUUCAACAAUGAAUUCUAAUUAAAAAGCAAAUAUAAUGUUCGUUUGUUGUGGUCACCGUCGUCGUCGUCAAGGAUAUCCAGACACGAUGAGAUUUAAUUUUUGGUUUAAUUAAUUAAAAAAAAAAUAGAUUGAUGAAUGAAAGAAAAAAAAAAAUCGAAAAAAUUCCCAACAUUUUGACCAAAAGAUGGCAUUCAAAUCGAUUUGUUUACAGUCCGAAAUUCUCCGUGGGUUUCGAAUCUUUUCUGUGUGUGUGUGUGUGUGUGUGUGUGUGUGUAUGAAAUUUUUAAUGCGUAGACAUAAAAGUUCCAGAUGGGAUUAUGAUUGUUAUUCUAAAUGUGUUUAUAUUUCUAAAUCCAUCAAAGAAGAAGAAAAAUCUACUUAACCUGGAUUGAAAUUAUCUGAUGUCAAUCUAUUUCAUCGAUUUACUACUUAUCGUAGACCACGACGACGAUUAAAUCAUUAAUAUCAUUUGAAUUAAAAUUACGAAUUACGAAUUGAAGAAAGAAAGAAAGAAAAAAUCAUGUUGAGCCAAAAAUUAUUGAUCUCAUCAUUUGUUUAUAUUCUCUAUUUUUGGUAUCUUAAUCGUAUGUUUGAAAAUGAUCGUUCAUAUCAAUAUCUUACGGAAAUUGAACGUGAAAUGUCAUUAACAUCGGAACAAUCAUUAUAUUAUUAUUAUUAUAAAGUAUUAAUCAAUGAUGAUGCAAAUAAUAAUAAUAAUAAUGAUGAUUUUGUUCCCAAGAAUUUUACCGAAUUAUUAGUGGAAAAAAUAUUCAAUGAUGAUCGAUCACAAGCACCAAACAUUGUAAAUGCAUUCAAAGUUUUAACAAUUUUACCAGAAAUUCUAUUGGCCAUAUCAUAUCGUACAAUGCGUACGAUAUUAAUCCAAUAUUUUCGUGUAGAUUUUGAUCAAGAUUGGCGCCGUUGUUAUUUGGUUGAAAAUAUUAUUGAUGAAAAUGAUCAUGAUCAAAAUAAUAAUCAACCAAAUUCAAUAAUAUCCACUUGUGAAGGUAUUGGUGAACCAUUCUAUUUCUACAUUUAUUCCAUAUUCGCUAUCAAUGGUUUUGUACCCAUUCUAAUUGGUUGGAUAGCCUAUUAUAUUGGUAAUCAUUCCAUUUGUUCAAUGAUAAUGGCAAUAAUAAUGUUUACAUUGAAUCAAACACAAUCAUCACGUGUACAAUGGGCAGUACCAUUACGUGAAAAUUUUGGCUAUCCACUAUUUCUUUUCCAUCAAUUAUAUCUCAUCAAAUAUUUGUAUUCAAAUCGAAAAUCUUUGAAUAAAAAUAAUCAACAAUCAACAUUAUUAUCAUCAUCAUCAUCAUAUUGUUGGUUAAUAUUAUUGAUAUUAACACAAUUACUUUGUUGGCAAUUUUCAUCAUUCAUUUUGUUGAUUCAAACAUUUUCACUAUAUACAAGUAUUGAAUUAUUACCGAAUAUUAUCAAUUAUCAUCAUAAUCAUCAUUCAGAUAAUAAUGAAAAAUUUAUUCAAAAAUAUUUUCUAAUCAAUAUAGCUGCCACUAUUCUACAAUCAUUGCUACAAUUAGGCAAUGUAUUUGUUUUACGAUCACCAUAUUUUUAUUCAUUUCUUCAUAUAUAUCAUCAUCAUUAUUGCUGCCAAUAAUUAU